UAGUGGUGUUGCAUCAGCCGUACCGGUUAGAUGUGCGUAGUUACGCUUAGAUAUUUUUGGACAAUCUUCGGUGUUUUUACACCGAUUUCUUCAGUUUAUCAGUAUUUUUAACGAACGUACAACUCCGUGGCUUGUACCCAAACCACGGUUUAGAACCUGUGUCACGAUUCCUAAAGACUUAGAAUGGCGUAUGGACUAGCUUGAAACGGUCCUUUGAGCCAUAUAUGCACCAAACCAAACCAUGUAUAAUGAUUGAUCUUUAUAGCUGCGCUCGACUAACAGAUAACGAAUAUAUACACAUCGGUUUAGUUUAUCGCGCUUAAUUAGCGCGUUCUCGCUCGCGCAAAUUGAGCUAACAAAUGUGCUUGAACAUCCUCUCCCGACCAAUUUCGAUUCAUCAACAGGUUGACCCGAACGACCCUGAGUGUCGGUCGCGGUUAAACGAAUUAAAUUGUUUUGCCACCCGCCGCAACAAAGUAAGGCCCGUGAGUAAUUAACUAUGCUCAUUGAAUUAGCCUGAGAAUAGAAAAAAGUCGUGUGUCGCACUAAUCAUACAUAAAACUACAAAUUAUAACAAUCCAACAAUGUUUGUAAUGCGGAUUAAACAAGCAAAGAUGCUGCGGACAGUCAUAACAUUAUGGCUAUAUACUGGAAUAGCUAAUGCACGUACAGAUGAAGACCAGUGGAAUACUAGCGAGAUUUCAAAUUCUCUUUCAGAACGCUGUUUUUAUAGACCGCCAACAGACUGUCCUCAGUUAGAUCCAAAGUCUAGUGAAUGCGGUGCUUGUGAGCGAAUCAAGUUUAACCAGGGGUAUGCUGCAUUUUGUUGUAAUACAAAUAUGUCAGCUCUAGAAAGUGAUCUUUCUUGCAUAGGAUUUCCGCAUGCAAAUAUAAGUUAUAUACAUAUACGUAAUGCAACUUUGGAUGUGUUCAAUGCAAGCGAAACUCGGUGGAGAAUGCUGACCUCUCUGGCUAUAACCGACGGCAGGAUUAAUCGGGUAAAGGGACAAUUUCUCAGAAUGACUCCUACUCAAUGCUUGAAUCUAUCGAACAACGCCCUGAUCGAAGUAGAGAGUAACUCGCUGAUACGAUUAUCGCAACUCACCACAUUGGAUCUAUCUUAUAAUAAUCUAACUAAUCUUCCAACUUUAAAUACCAUAAACAAUCGAGAAUUUUGGUUAGACAUUUCAGGAACAAACACACUUUUGUGUCAAGAUAUAUAUCAGUAUAUCAACAAACCGGGAGAAAAGCAAAUCACUUUUAAUCGUGAAAACGACACCGUGUGUUCCGCCGUGGCGACAUGGCAUUGGUUCAACACCACUGAACAAGUACCUCUCACACAAGUUAUUUAUCUCAGUUUGCUGCAAACGGAAUGUCCAAAAGGCGAUGGUUGGCAAUGUCAAUGUGACAUCAAGAGACUUGAUAUUAUCGAAGGUAAACCACCGACUCACGCUGUGAACGUAGAUUGCAGCGGGAUGCAGUUAACGGAAUUACCUAAGAAAUUGCCGCAAAAUACUAUAUCGCUCAAUGUUUCCUGCAAUAAUAUUACAGUUUUAGAUGAUCUUAGCACCAAUUUGUAUUAUGAAGAUUUACGAGAAUUUUAUGCGGACUAUAAUAAUAUUUCUUCAAUAAACAAACUGGAGGGCUCUAAAUUUCUGGACAAUUAUGCUCUUCUAAGCUUACGGUACAAUAAAAUUACAUCACUGCCAACAUAUAUAUUAAGUCCAAGUGCUCAUAAUAAAAAUUUCUUGAGCUCGAGAAACCUGGUUAAGCUAGGAGGUAACAAGUUACAUUGUGACUGCAAUACAGCCAAGUAUUUAAAGGCGUGGUUACAAACGCGAAUAUUGGACGCUGACGAAGUAAUGUGCGGAAACGUGAAGGAAAAAGUAAUAGACUUGGAACCGUCAAAGAUGUGCGUAUAUCCAGGAGACUGGACAGAUUACAUAUAUUAUAUUAUUGCAAUUGAAGUGACACUUCUGGUAGGUAUGAUAGCCAAAGUGUCGUACGAUUAUUGGGUGUUCAAGACAACGGGAUAUCUUCCAUGGCCGGGAAAUCUAAUGCCAAAAUUGCCAUGUGACUGCCUGUGUGAUACAUAAUAAAUCGCGCAAACUCAAAUAUUUUUUAUGACAUGUAAUAAACAUGCGAUACAAAUCGCUUCCCUUACGUUCUGAGAAAAUGUAACGACUGGCGUAUGUAUGUACAGAGCCAUAAAUGCAGAAAAGAAGAAGAUGCAAUAUAAGUUAAGAUAUUUGUGUUAGAAUAUAUUGUUUUGUAUGUAUGUACUGUGUCUAUAUAUCUAUAAUGAUGUUUGGUCAAUUAACUAGGUACUAUAACGCACGAUAUUUCCAGUUUUCUUCCAUUCAGAAACAAAAAUAAAAGUUCAAAGUAUCUAUGUAUACAAGUCCAUGACAAAGAUUUAUAUUUAUAUACAUAUAUAAUUUGUAUUGAGAAGAAACGUGUGAUAAGUUAAUGUGAUUGUAUUAUAUGAUCAUAAGGUGUAUUUUAAUAAAUAA